GGGAGCUGCUGCGGGAGCUGCGGGCCGGGAGCUGCGGGCCGGGAGCUGCUGCGGGAGCUGCUGCGGGAGCUGCGGGCCGGGGGCUGCUGCGGGCCGGGAUGCGGGCGGCGCUGCGGGAGCGCCGGGGCUGGGCGCGAUGGGCGCUCCGCGCUGCCCCGCGGCCCCGCUGCGUCGGGCCCGGCUCUGCCCCGGCCCUGCGGUGCUGGAGCUGCGGCGGCCUCCUUCCCGGUGCCGAGGGGCUGCCGCAUUUCUGCCCCGGUUGCCGCGCCCUGCAGCCGCCGGGGCCGCGGCCUGACCUGUUCCGGCUGAUGCAGUGUGACCGCUCCUUCCGCCUCGACGCGCAGCAGCUGCAGCGGCGGUUCCGGAGCCUGCAGCGCGCCCUGCACCCCGAUCGCUUCGGCCAGAGGCCGCCGAAGGAGCAGCACUACUCUGAGCAACACUCUUCCUUGAUCAACAAGGCCUACCAGACCCUCCUGAACCCUCUGAGCCGUGGCCUCUAUCUUCUGGAGCUGAAGGGAGUAGAGCCAGUACAAGAGACAGACUGUGAUGCAGACACAGAGUUUCUCACGGAAAUAAUGGAAAUUAAUGAGAAAUUAGCAGAGUCUAAAAAUGAGGAUAUUCUUGAAGAAAUUGAAACUUUAAUUAAAGUUAAACAAGAAGAACUGACCAAAGAGGUGACUGCAGCUUUUGAAAGAGAUGAUCUUCAAGAAGCUAAGAAGCUUCUAGCCAAAAUGAAAUACUUUGCAAACUUAGAGGAUAAACUAAAGAUUAAGAAGAUGCCUUCCUGAUACUGCCUCCUUUACCAGUGCCUCUUCUGUGGCUGCCUGCCCAUCUGUGCAGUCUCUACCCCGCUGUCCCUCCAAACAUCACUGCCAGGUCACUGCACCUGAUCCAGCUGUUUAAAGUCAGCUCCAAACACUGAUGGUGUGGACAGGCAAAGACUGGCAGCUCCUUAAUCCUGCUUUUGUCAGGAAAGCACUGACCAGGCAAUCAAACACUGACCAAAUCGAGUUGCCACUCUUGGAGCUGCACCCACAUCUUCCCUGGAUUACCCGGAGGGGACAAUCAAUAUUCAGGACAGUCUGCCAUGCAAAGCUGGACUUCCACCAAAUGUUUUUUCCUGGACAUUUGUGGGGCUGCCUUAUUUGAGCUGAUACCAUGUACAGAACAAUUUACAAUGCACCUCUUCAUACUAGAUAAAAAAGCAAGGCAGUAUAUUGUCUCCACAUGAUAAAUUUAAGGCACUGUGACUAUCUCUAAUGAGUUUCCAGUAGUUUUUGUAAAUUUACACUGAAUGGAUUUAAGUGUUAUUUGAAUUUCAGCAUCUUUACAGUAUUUUUUGUUUUGAUUGUCUGCUUUAAAAUUAACUUAAUUAAGCAUUAAUUAAUGCUGAUGCUUAAUAUCACCACUAUGUAAUAUUUCAUCCUAAAAUUUAAAGUUAAAGUCUGUUUAUCAACAUCUAGUUUUAUCAGCAUUAAAUGCAGCUGCAGCUUUAAGACAAGUAAAUGAUCAAAUCUUGGCUAAAAGCAUUCUUGUGUUUUAGGCUGCAGAAUUUAUUACAUCUUUCAAUUUCUGUCAUUUUUUAUGCUGCUGUUUAAACCUAUGCAGCUCUUACUUUACAGCUUUUGAGUGUCACAGACUUUCACUAUAGUGAUACAAUAUAAAGUACAUGAGUCCUUCUUCAUACCUGGUAAGUCAGAGAGAAAGUUAAAACAAUGCUCCAAAUGGUCAUAAGGAGAUAACCCCCGAUGAUCAGGUAUCUUCUUCCCACAUAGUCUAUCAGUAAACCCUGUGGACAAGACACCAUUUUCUCUUACUGAACUGCACUCCUCUUUACCAAUGUUCCUUCUUCAAGGAGACUCAUUACUCUCCAUGCUAGGAGGUGGAAAAAGCCUUUACUUACACAGGUGAGGGCUGUGAGGCAUUCACAAGCUCCAGUGCCCAGUGUCACAUAGGGGAUCUUUUCUGCUGAGAUCCCAGCUUGUUCAAAAAUGUAAGUUGCAUAGAAAUAAAUCUUCAACAGAAAAAAAAUGGGACAUUCCCACUAGUUAAAUCAACUGCUGCAAACAAAGUCAAACUCAUACUAAACAUACAGCUCAAUUUAUAUUGUGAGUUAUUAACUUGAUAUACACCAUUAAAUUAAUGUCUAGGUAAAUGGAUUACUAUCAUGAAAGCAAGUAAUUAUUCAACUUACUGAAUAUAUUACUUCACAUUCUUAAGCCAGACACAAUGGGACAUUCUCAUCCACCUUUACUUUUCCAGUAAACGGAGAUGAAGAUGUAAACACAAGCAUGAAGUCAUUCUUUAAAUAAAUUUAUACCAGAAAGAGGAAAUUUUUUUUUAAACCAACAUUGAAAAAAGAGAAACAAGUAACAGAUAUUUUUUUUUCUCACUUAUCCCAUUUCUGAGCUUCUCUGUGUGGAUACUUCACGUUAACAAAAUGUCGAAAAACAGAUGGAAAUCAAGUAAUUAUUUAAGGUGUUGUAUAUAUUAAAUCUUACAGCAUUAAUGCCACUGAGCUGUUGGCCCAUAGUCAUCACAAUGACAGUAAUGAGCUGCCAUCUCACACCACGAUCAGUGAAUAAUUGCCAGGGCUUCUUUGGUUUCUCCCCAUUUAAGGCAAAACACUCCCGCUGGAUGUCCUCCAUCUCCCUUCUGUACUCUGAGGAACCAUGAAAUCUCUUCAAAGCUGAAAAAAAAUAUUUACCUAUUGACCAGAGCUGCUGGAAAAUCAUCUCUUUCCAUAUUGACCUGGCUUUUGCUAGGAUAUGACAACUUUCUGCUUUAGGAGGCUUGGAAAAAAGUGAUUUGCUUUGUGACUUUUUUGACUGCUGGUUUUCCAAGAUUUUUUGCUGUGGUGGAUUUGGAAAUUUCAGUGGUAUUGCUUUGCCUUUUUUAAGAGAAAUAACAGACUUUGAAAUAUUCACCAAGCAAAAUAUUUUGAAGUGUUUUAUAUCUGAGCCAUAGACCUCAACAUUGUAUUUUCAUUAAAGGAGAUUCUAACCA